AUGGAGCUCGACAGGAGUGACAAUGCUCACACUGUGAAAAGGAGAUUACAACUGGCGCUCAAUUUCCCAAUCGAGGAAAGUUCUUUGACUUUUGGUGACAUGAUCCUUAAAAACGACCUAAGCGCUGUCAGAAAUGAUUCCCCUCUCCUCCUAACUCGGAACUUGAUGCACCGUAGCUCGUCAACUCCUUGCCUGUCCCCUACGGGCCGGGACGUCCAGCUGAAGGAGCUUGGUGGGAUGAUCGAGAUAUUGGGCCACUCGACGAGUUUCUCCAAGACCAAGCAGCUCGUGAAAGAGAUAGUCAAAGGGGUCAAGAAUGGGGUCGACCCGGUACCCAUCCACAGCGGGCUCGGAGGCGCAUACUUUUUCCGAAACGUGAGAGGCGAGAGCGUGGCCAUCGUGAAGCCCACAGAUGAGGAGCCCUUUGCCCCAAACAACCCCAAGGGGUUUAUUGGGAAAGCCCUCGGACAGCCGGGCUUGAAACGUUCGGUCAGGGUCGGGGAGACUGGUUUCAGAGAGGUGGCCGCUUAUCUUCUCGAUCACGGCCAUUUUGCGAAUGUCCCUCCAACUGCCCUCGUCAAAAUCACGCACCCGAUAUUCAACGUGAAUGAUGACUUGAACGGGAACUGCAAGACUCUGAAAAAACGAGCCUUUAGUAAGAUUGCUUCUUUACAGCAGUACAUUCCGCACGAUUUCGAUGCGAGUGAUCACGGGACUUCGAGUUUCCCUGUGUCUGCAGUUCACCGUAUUGGGAUUCUGGACAUAAGGAUUCUCAAUACGGACAGACAUGGGGGGAACCUCUUGGUAAGGAAGCUCCACGGGACUGGGCAGUUCGGUCAGGUCGAGCUCGUCCCGAUUGACCAUGGUCUCUGCCUGCCUGAGACCUUGGAGGACCCAUACUUUGAGUGGAUCCACUGGCCACAGGCCUCGAUCCCUUUCUCGGAUGACGAGCUCGAUUACAUUGCGAAUCUCGACCCGGCUCGUGACUCAGAUAUGCUGAGGAGUGAGCUCCCCAUGAUUAGAGACGGUUGUCUGCGCGUAUUAGUCCUUUGCACGGUUUUUCUGAAAGAAGCAGCGGCUAAUGGGCUUUGUCUUGCCGAGAUUGGGGAGAUGAUGAGCCGGGAGUUUAGGAGUGGUGAGGAGGAACCGAGUGAACUCGAGGUUAUAUCGAUCGAGGCCCGAAGGCUUGCUGCUGAGGAGAUUUUAUCUCCUACUACUAAGUUUUAUGUUGAGAGUAACACGAGGAUUAUCAUUAGCCAUUCGUUUCUCAACACGUAUUGA